UUUCCUUUGCCUGGCUCAGGUGCGGGAGGCUCCCGGGUCGGCACCAUGACGGAAUGCUUCGACUGCGACAACUGCAAGGAGUCCCUGUACGGGCGGAAGUACAUCCAGAUGGACGUGGGCCCCUACUGCAUCCCCUGCUACGACGCCCACUUCGCUAACACGUGCGAGGAGUGCAAGGAGCUGAUCGGCCAUGACAGCAGGGAGCUGUACUACGAGGAUCGCCAUUACCAUGAACACUGCUUCCGCUGCUUCCGCUGCGACCGCUCCCUGGCCGACGAGCCCUUCACCUGCCAGGACGAGGAGCUGCUGUGCAACGACUGCUACUGCAGCGAGUUCUCCUCCAAGUGUUUUGCCUGUGAGAAGACCGUCAUGCCAGGGUCCCGGAAACUGGAAUACAAUGGACAAACCUGGCACGAGCAUUGCUUCAUCUGCAGCAGCUGUCAGCAGCCCAUCGGGUCGCGCUCCUUUAUCCCGGACAAGAAGGAUUAUUACUGCGUCCCCUGUUACGAGAGCAAGUUUGCCCCUCGCUGCACUCGCUGCAAAAAGUCGCUGACCAAGGGGGGUGUGACUUACCGCGACGAGCCCUGGCACAAGGAGUGUUUUGUCUGCACCGGCUGCAAGGUCCCCUUGGCAGGCCAGCAGUUCACCUCCCAGGAGGACAACCCCUACUGCGUCAAGUGCUUUGGGAACCUCUAUGCCAAGAAGUGCAGCGGCUGCGCAAAGCCCAUCACAGGCUUCGGAGGGGGGAAAUACGUCUCCUUUGAGGAUCGUCACUGGCACCACAACUGUUUCAACUGUGCCCGCUGCGCCAGCUCGCUGGUGGGGAAAGGCUUCAUCCCCCGCCAGGAUGAGAUCCUGUGCCGGGACUGCAGCAGCCACCCGUGAGCCUGAGGACGUGGCUUGGGGGCUUCGUGCCAGGCACCCUAGCGGCUGGGGGUGCUGGGCAGAGUGGGAGCUGCGCCUUUUGUGGCCCUGGAGAGGGCGGACGCCCUCACCACAGUGAGGUUCAAGUGCCUGUGCCCUGCCCCUAAGGCCGGGAUAAGCCGCCCUCGGCUUUCUGCAGAGUGAAGCUAAAUAAAAGCCAAACAAAAGGC